AUGUUCUCAACCCUCCCCAAUUUGGAUGACGGGGUGCUGGCGCUGUUGAUUGCUGUAUGCACACUGGUGUCUUACUUGGUCUCCUUGUACUGGUGGCAACUGGUUCCACGCCUGUUUUACCCAGAGGAGAGGAAACUUGAGGAAAAAAUAGCGCUGCUGCGGGCAGAGGCGGAGCGAUGCAACACCACCGAUCAAUUGCAUCUUCACGGCAAGCUUACCCGUCAGGUUCAGUUACUCAUAAAAGAACUGGCGCAGACACGGAAUCAGCGUUUUUCUCUCUGUUGCCCUCAAAACAGAAAUAAGACGGGGAAUGAUAAGCGUCGUUGGUUAUUCUUUGGUACUUUUUUGGCCCGUUUAAAGUACUUCCUACCCACAUUCAUAGACCUGCUCAUAUCAUUUGGGUUCAUAAUCCCGUUCCUGUGCCUGUUCGGCAAUCGUCCAGCUGUUGUAGCAUUUCCACACUGUUUUCGUCAUUGUCUACCUUCGCUUAUGAACUGGAUAGAGGCGGUGGUGAUGUCGGUGUUACUCGGCCCACUUCUGUGGAGCUCGAAGAGCCACGGCUGUGUCAAUGGUAGUACGUGGGAAGGGAACCGCCGUAAUUUGCUGCCUGCACGUGGGUGCAACAGUGACGUUAGUGGCUUUGCAUUUUCUGACACCGCAGGUACGGAUGUCCCGCUGAAAACCGCGGAUGGCAGGGAUGAUGGAGAAAUCAAGAGCCUCGGGCUUCUCUCCUGGUUUUUAGUCUGCUACUUCGCCGUCCGCUUCUCACGCCGUGUGCUUUUGCGGAGAUAA